AUGGCAGACAUGCAAGCACAGCCUGCCGGCGUCAGUGACCCCGCCGUCGAGAACAAGAUCAUCAACGAAGAGUACAAGGUCUGGAAGAAGAACGCCGUCUUCCUCUACGAUGUCAUCUACAGCAGAGCCCUGGAGUGGCCCACCCUCACAACCCAGUGGCUGCCCGAUGUCCAGUCUCUGCCCGACAAGAACUUCUCCACCCACCGCCUCCUGAUCGGAACACACACUUCAGGCGCCACACAGGACUACCUACAGAUCGCCUCCGUCGACCUCCCCAACAAGCCCGCCGUCAACCCAAGUGACUACGAUGCAGAGAAGGAGGAGAUUGGCGGCCACGGUGCUGCCAAACAGCCCAUCUCUUUCAACGUCAUCCAAAAGAUCAACCACCCCGGCGAGAUCAACAAGGCCCGCUACAUGCCACAAAACCCCGACCUCAUCGCCACCAUGACCAUCCAGGGCGACGCUCUCGUCUUCGACCGCACAAAACACUCGUCCAUGCCGAAGACGAACCAGGUCGACGCCCAGAUUGAGUUGAAGGGUCACGAGAAGGAAGGCUUUGGUCUCGACUGGAACCCUCACUUCGAGGGUCAAUUGGCUACUGGUAGCGAAGAUCAGACUGUCCGCGUUUGCGCCACGGUCAACGACGUGCAAUGGCACCCCAUGCACGGAAAGAACCUCCUUGGAACAGUCGCAGACGACAGGACCUUCUGCCUGAUGGACCUGCGCACAAACUCCAACUCAAAACCUGCCAUAAGAAUCACAGGCCACACCGAUGCCAUCAACACACUCGCUUUCCACCAGAAGCACGACGUGCUCUUCGCUACAGGUUCGGCAGAUCGCACCGUCGGAAUCUUUGACAUGAGAUUCCCCGAGCACGGCAAAAUUCACAGCAUGGAGGGACACCAGGACGUCGUCACUAAGAUUGAAUGGCAUCCUCACGAUCCCUGCAUCCUCGCCAGCAGUGGCGACGACCGCCGUGUCAUCUUCUGGGAUAUCAGCCGUGCCGGUAGCGAGCAGACUCCCGAUGAUGCUGAAGACGGACCUCCAGAAAUCCGUGUUUCAGACUUCAGCUGGAACAAGAAUGACCCCUGGAUGAUGUGCUCGGUCGCCGAGGACAACCUGAUUCAGUGCUGGCGUGCAUCGAGAAACUUGGUGGAAACCUUGCCUCCCGGUAUUCUACGCCGAGAAGUGUCUGUGUCUCAAUGA